UUUGUCUACACUGCAAAAGCACCAUAGCCCUUAUUCAUCAAAACCAAAAUGACGUUGAAUAAGCAAUCUCAUCUUUUGUCCUUCUCACUUGCAAUACUAAUUUAUCUUUUGUGUUCCACAACAACUACUUUAUCUCAAUUAUCACCUGCUAAUGCUCCAAUACAACCUACACUUCCAGCUCCAACCCAACCAGCUGCUGCCCCUAAACCAUUGGUACCUUCCUUACCAGACUCACCUAGUGACUCCACUCCUGACACUGCAGGCACCGUUGACAUCGUCGGAAUCCUGAGAAAGGCAAAGUCAUUCAAUGUCUUAAUCCGUCUCAUGAAAACAACUCAAUUGAUCAACCAACUAAAUUCGCAACUAUUGACUACAAAAACAGGCGGAUUAACAAUUCUUGCACCAGAUGACAGUGCAUUCUCAGAACUCAAAGCAGGAUUCCUCAACUCUCUUUCUGAUGGACAGAAACUCGAGCUCUUACAGUUCCAUGUUAUUUCCGACUAUGUAUCGAGCUCUAACUUUGAUAUUCUAACCAACCCUGUGAGAACACUAGCCGGAGCUAAACCAGGAAAGGUAGAACUGAAUGUUGUGAGUUACGGUGGAAGUGUCAACAUCUCAACAGGUGAAGUGAACACUACAAUCAAUGGCAUUAUAUAUACUGAUAAACAUCUUGCUAUCUAUAAAGUUGGCAAGGUGCUUCUCCCAAUGGAAUUCUUUUCCGUUGCUAAGGCACCUGCAAAAGGACCAUCUUUGGCACCAGAACCUUCAACUGAUACAGCAAAGGCACCUAAAUCCGAUAAGGAUACAUCUUCAGAUUCGUCGCAGGUAACUAAUCCAAAAGAACAGAAUUCUGGCUCAGUGAAGAUUGAGUAUGGAAAAUGCGUGGCUCUUCGGCUUGUAUUAGCUUUGGCUGCGAUUAUGCAUACCUAAUAUUGAGAUGAAGGAAUAUGCUAUUCAAUUUCAUUCUUCAGAACACGCACAUUCAUUCUGGAACAUUAUUUUUCCGCUGUCAUUGUUUUUGAAUUUGUACUUUAGGAUGUAUACUUUUCAUGUUACUAUGUUAUUUCAUUUUUUCAUAUAUUUGAUUUCAUAAGACA